GUUGAAAUCGAUACGAAUCGAUCAAUCGAUGUGUGGUUUUAACAAGAACAAGAAACUGAGAACAUCUGAGAUCCAUGUGACAUACUAUUAUCAAGAUGGCAUUUAUUAAAGAGGAGAUUGAAGACGUGAGCAUUUCAGAAACAUUCAUAGUGAAAAAUGAAGAUGCUGAGGAUGACACAGACCUGGUGGUGAUGAAAGUGGAAAGUCAAGAACUGUAUGAAAUGGAGGAGGAAGAUCCAUACGAUAAACAUCACGGAGAAAAACUUUGCUCGCAGACUGAAAAGGAGCCCUCUCAAAAAAAAUCUCGAAAGAAAAGUUUUAAAAACUGUUACAUCUGUCCUCAAUGUGGCAGGAAUUUCACUUAUGAAAAAAGCCUUAAAAAACAUGAGUUAAUGCACAAUGUGCAGUGCCCUUUCACCUGCCAACAGUGUGGGAACAUUUUCACUACGAACGGAAGCCUUAAAAACCACAUGAGAAUUCACACCGGAGAGAAGCCUUUCACAUGUAAUCAGUGCGGAAAGAGUUACACACGAAGUAAGACCUUAAAGGAUCACAUGAGGAUUCACACUGGAGAAAGGCCUUUUAAGUGUGAUCAGUGUGGAAAGAGUUACAUACGAAGCAAAACCUUAAAGGAUCACAUGAGAAUUCACACUGGAGAAAGACCUUUCAAAUGCGAUCAGUGCGGAAAGAGUUUCAUACAUAAAGUAACCCUUAAUUUACACAAGAGAAUUCACUUAAGAGAGAGCCAUUUUAUCUGCCAUCAGUGUGGAAAAAGUUUCAAAGACAUAGAACGCCUUAACAGGCAUGUGAUAAUUCACUCUGGAGAGAAGCCCUUCAAAUGCCAGCAAUGUGGAAAGGGGUUCCAAAUAAAAAACAACCUAAAGGCACAUAUGAGAUGUCACAUCGAGGAAAAGCCUUUCAAGUGCCAUCAAUGUGGAAAGUGUCUAAAACAUGAAACAUCCCUCAAUUACCACAUGAGACUUCACACUGGAGAAAGGCCUUUCACCUGCCUUCAGUGUGGAAAGAGUUUCAUUCUUGAAGGACAACUCAGUCGUCACAUAAGAUACAUUCACACCGAGGAGAAGCCUUUCGUGUGCCAUUACUGUGGAAGGAUUUGUGAAAGCAAAUCAAACCUUAAGAUUCACAUUCAAGUUCACACAGGAGAAAAGCCUUUCUCUUGCCCUCAGUGUGGAAAGAGUUUCAUACAUAAAGGUCUCCUUAAUUAUCACAUGAGGCUUCACACUGGAGAAAAGCCCUUCAGCUGCCAUCAUUGUGGCAUGAGUUUCAGAUAUAAAGGACUUCUUAAUGGUCACGUGAGAAGUGUUCACACCAAUGAGAAGCCUUUUACGUGCCAUCACUGUGGAAGGAUUUGUGAAAGCAAAUCUAAACUUCAGAUUCACAUGCGAAUUCACACUGGAGAAAAGCCGUUCUCCUGUCCUUGUGGUAAAAGUUUCGCUCUUAAAGGAAACCUUACGGCUCACAUGAGGCUUCACACUGGAGACCGGCCUUACAUGUGCGUUCAGUGUGAGAAGAGUUUCGCCUAUCUAAGACAGCUGAAAAGUCAUUUGCAAACUCAUUUUGGAGAGAAAUCCCAGUGUUCUGAAUGUGGCAAGAAGUUUGCAAAAACAAGCAAUUUCAAAAAUCAUCUGCGCAUUCACUCGGGACUAAGGCCAUUUCAUUGUGAUCGAUGUAAUAAAAAAUUUCUUUUGCCAACACACUUAGAGAUACACCUGAAAAGUCACGCAGACAAGAGACCCUAUUUGUGUUCUUUGUGUAAAAAGAGAUUUAAAUGGCUGUGCAAUUUAAGAUCGCACAAGAGAUUUCAUAUCCGUAAACCUAUUUCCAAAGCAACCUACUUGAAACGAAAGCAACUACUCCAUACUGGAGAAAAACCUGACACUGUAAAAAGUGGUGGUCAUGGGAUGGCGCCUUAAUUGUGUUAAAGUUACUGCUCUUGAUCAGUUUUAAGUCAUGUUUUGGAGCUACAAAGUGUCAUGGCUGGACAUUUCUGAUACUGUUGUGGGGUUAUGAGUGGGGAUGGAGGAGACACUGCAUUAAGGUUUUUUGCAGUUUUACUCGUUUGUAGGGGCAAAAUAUUAAUCCACUUGAAAACAUAGACCUUUUAUAUAAGCAUAAUCAAUCCUACAUUUAACUCUUAAAUGUAUUUCAGUAGCAUUUUGCAACCAAUAUCUUUCGAACUUUCUAGUGAGUUGGAUAUAUUAAAAUCUCACAUUUGACUUUAGUCUGCAUCAGUUUAGCAACUAGUAAACCAGUUCUUCUUUAACAGUGGGUAGGAGGCUGUGUGGAGUAGCGUACCAAUUUAGUGAAAGUGUAUAUGCUUUCGUUUAAAUGUGCUCUUAUGAAUAGCCUGUAAACCAUUCUGUUGUUUGUUUUGUGUUUGUUGACUUGACAUGGCUUCAUUUUCCUCUCUCGAAUUCCUAACAUUUUAAGUCAACAUUCAAACACAUAUAACAUUUUAUGCACUGGUGGAUUUAUAGCCUGUCAGUCAACAUUACAGUGCCACCCUCAGGCUGAAUUACACAAGGACGCUAGACCUCUUCCAAAAGUGUGUCUGCAUGUGUUCAGUGAUUAACGUAAUAAAUACAAAUAACGUAUCAAUGUAAUAUAUAUCAUAAUAUAUAUGAAAUAUAUAAUGUAAGCUAGCGCUAUGACCCAGAUUCAUAGCUGCUAUUGGUACUCAUGAGUGAAUUUCAAAUACAGACCCUUAAUGUGAUUUUUUUUUUUAUUACGAAAAUUGAGCAAGUAUAUAAAACAAGUGUCCAAAUUCAUCUUCAUGCCUUAUCCCAAUUCACUGUGGCAAGCCUAUAAUAUUAAUUCAGAUUUUGCACUGUCGAGUCGAUUAUUUUCCUACAUUAUUUUUGUAUAUUCUCGUCAUCUCUAUAAACACUUGUCCAGUUAUUAUGUGUGUGAUGCAUGUUGCUACAAUAAAUAGUGUUGUUUGACUAGCUAGGAAACUGUAUAUGUGAAUGACGAAAAAUCGGUUUCACGCUUAUCAUUCUAAACAAGGCAUAAAUAUCUUUUUACCAUCAGAAUGUUUCAUGUAGCCUACUUUUGUAUUUUUUACUGCAUAUGUAUGCUACUAUUCAUAUUGUACCUUUUUUUCAAUGUGCUGCCUUUUCUACUUUUCUUUGAUAUUUGAUCAGAAUAACCGAAACUGUAUGCUAUGUAUGGACUCAUCUUUCAAAUCAGAAAAUGUCAAGUUU